UGCACUAUAUAUCUCUCUCCACCAAAACCACACUAACAUACAAGCCCAUAAUCAUAUACAACCAGCAACAACAAACAAAGAAUCAAGUUUAGAAAGAAAAAUAUGCUUUAUCCUGAUCAGAACAGAAGCAUUAGCAUUCUUAUGCUUCCAUGGUUAGGUCACGGCCAUAUUUCUCCCUUCCUAGAGCUAGCCAAGAAACUCACCAGCCACAGAGAUUUUCACAUCUUCAUUUGCUCCACACCUGUUAAUCUCAGCUCCAUCAAGCCCAAACUACCCAAGAAAUACUCUCACUUCAUUGAGUUUGUGGAACUUCAUCUUCCACACGAUGAGUUGCCACCUCACUACCACACCACCAAUGGCCUCCCACCCCAUCUCAUGCCCACUCUCAAAAAAGCCUUCGACAUGUCCAGCGAUAACUUCUCCCACAUCCUCAAAACCCUAAAACCAGAUUUGCUCAUAUAUGAUUUUCUCCAGCCAUGGGCACCGUCCCUAGCUUUGUCGCACAACAUUCCGGCCGUCGAGUUCACCACCACCAGUGCUGCCUCGAUGUCACUUUUUCUUCACCAUCACAAGAACCCUAAUGUUCAAUUCCCUUAUCCUUCCAUCUAUCUUCGGGAUUACGAAACUAAGGAGCUCAGCAAUCUACUAGAAUCUUCAGCAAAUGGCAUCACGAACGUAGAACGCGUACUACUGUGCAGUGAUCUGUCUCGUAACAUCAUUUUGGUAAAGACUUCUGGAGAGAUUGAAUCAAAGUGUGUUGAUUAUCUCUCCCAGUUAACGGAGAAGAAGAUUGUGCCCGUCGGUUCACUUGUUCAAGACCCAAUGGAUCAACAACUAGAUGAGGAAUCGUCGAUCAUCAAAUGGCUAAACGAAAGGGAAAGAGCUUCAGUCGUGUUUGUGUCCUUCGGGAGCGAGUACUUUUUGUCCAAGGAGGAAAUACAAGAGAUAGCUCUUGGAUUGGAGCUUAGCCAAGUGAGUUUCAUUUGGGUUAUUAGGUUUCCUAAGGAAGAUAAAAGUACUAGGGUUGAAGAUGUUUUGCCAAAAGGGUUUAGGGAGAGGGUAGGAGAGAGGGGAAUGAUAGUGGACGAUUGGACCCCACAGGCAAAAAUAUUGAAGCAUUCUAGUGUUGGUGGGUUUGUGAGUCACUGUGGAUGGAGCUCGGUGUUGGAGAGCAUCAAGUUUGGUGUUCCGAUUAUAGCCAUGCCUAUGCAACUUGACCAGCCAGUAAACGCCAGACUGGUGGUGGAGGUUGGCGUUGGUGUGGAGGUUAUAAGAACCGGCGGAGGAGGUAGUUUGCAACGGGAAGAGGUGGCGAAGGUGAUCAGAGAUGUGGUGGUGGAGAAAAUUGGAGAGGGUGUGAUGAUAAAGGCAUUCGAAUUAAGAGACAACAUGAAGAAGAAAGAUGAUGAAGAGAUGGACAGGGUGGUGGAGGAGUUGAUGCAACUUUGUACGGCGACGACAAGGGAAUCAAUUAGUAACUACUUUUAAGCGAGAGAUCGAUGUCUGAGACUUGCAAAUAAUGAUUCUUAUGAUUUUGAAUGCUCUCGUCAGUGUAUCAUGUCUAAUUUUUAAAAUCGUGUUUGUAUAUGUUCUUGAUCAUUUAAUCAUUAUAAUGAUUUCUAAUGGACUAUGUAUCUGUAUGUCUGGACGCUCACAUCUGUGUAUACAUGUGUUUGAUAAAACAACAU